UUUUUAGUCAAGUAAAAAAUGUUGAAAAAUUGAGUAAUGUAGUAUUUGCACAAUUCUUAAACGCUGGUUGUAACUAUUAUGUAGUUAUAGUCUAUUAACUUAUGUCAAAUGUACAAACUGUUUUACAUAAUGAUGUAAUAUUACAAUAUAAAAUGACUUCUGGUGACCAGAAUCUGGUCGUUCAAAGUAUUUUAUAACUUAAAUAAUAUAGGUAAUCAUCAAAAAUGUUCAAUUCGUACAUGAAUAUUAAAAGAUAACUAAAAAAAAUAAUAAUAAAAUACACACAUCAUGGUAAAAUGAAUACCUUCUCAGAUUCGCAUCGAAGCUAAAAGUCUACAACAUAGAAGAAUUAUUAGAAAUCAACAAAGAGGUGGUGCACUUUUAUGAAUUUACGUUAAAUUGACAAUUUAUAUUUCAUCAUCAAGUUACCAAAUCAACUAUGAUCUAUACAAUAAUUUAUAUUUACGUUUUGAUAAGUAUGAUGACUCUAAUUUUAUCUGAUCAAAAAUUGCCAUUUAUAAUGCCAAAGAUCAAUCCAAUCAAACAUGAAAUGCGUAUAAUGUCAGCCAACUAUACUUACAACAAAAAUACAAUUAAGACAUUUUCAUUUGAUUAUCAUCAAUAUAAUAAUGGUGUGCAAUACAUGGAUAUUUACGGUCAGAUUUUAAAUGGCGUAAUUAUUCAACCGCAUCAAGUUAUUAUAGAAAUAACAAAGUGCAAAGAAAACUUUAUUGAUUGUGCUAACUUAAGAACAAUAGAAUUAAAUAAUAUUUGUGAUAAAAUAGAAGCGAUAUUAUUUUUUGUAAAGAUAGAUUAUUUAAGUCAAGAUGUUAAAUGUCCAUUUCAGGGAGAAUAUAUAGUGAAAAAUAUGUCAAUUGCCUCCCAUGUUUACUCAAUGUUUUUCGCUCCAACAGAAAGAUGGUGGGAAUACUCAUUUAAAGUAAAACUAUGGACUUACGAAAAAAACAAAGUUGAGUUUAUUAUGGCUCAAGCAAGUGCUUAUUUUUUAACAUUUAGAAGCAGAAAAAAUUAGCUUAUGUGUUUAUUUAAUAAAUAAUACAUUUAAGUAUAGGUAUAUUAUUUUAUUUUACCAAAAUUCGUUAAACUAUUCGUCUUACUUGUAAGAAUAUUGGAGUUGUUAAUAUGAUUUUUUGGUAGAAAAUAAACAAAAAAAUUUAGAACGAAAGUACAAGUCGAUAAAUAAUUACUGAUUAAUAUCUAUAUGAAGCUGAAAAAGCUAUUAAUUUUACUGUUUUUCUUUCUGUCACUAUUAACUUUUGUUUCCUUGUGAAGUAUUAUUUCAGAAUAAUACGUUGAAGAAUUCCAAUUUAUAUCUUGUUGAAGGCU